AUGUCGUCCCCCGGUUCGGAGUUUGAGUUAAUCAUCCGACAGCAGCCCGCUCAGGCACGCAUGGCCGGUGGGAGGGAGAGAGAACGCAGGCCAGUCGACCCCCCACCGGUAGUGCAGGUCCGAGUAAAAGCGGAGGCAAGUUACCUCGCGCAGCACUAUCUAGAAAGUCCCCACUAUUUUAUGUGCUGCAGCUUGGCAAAUCCCUCAGAUGGCACACUGCCGCCAUCUACGAACUUGACUGGUACUUUAGUAUCGUCACUUCACGAGCUGAAAGACCAGGAUAAUAACAAGACGGGCCUUUUCGUAUUUGGGGACCUGUCGGUGGAAGUCGAAGGAGACUUUCGCCUAAAGUUCACACUCUUCGAAAUGGGUAAGGGUGCCGCCACUCAUUUGCAGUCCAUCAUCUCGGACCGCUUCACCGUGUUUCGCCGAAAGAGCUUUCCUGGAAUGGCGGAGUCAACCCCUCUGUCCAAAUCACUCGUAGACCAGGGUGUAAAACUGAGGCUGCGAAAGAAGCUGCGGUCGUUGAUAAAGCGAUCAGUCCCACCGCGUCUGGAGCAUUGUACCCAGCCGGCUCCUCCUUGUUCUCAAGAUCGCGCUUCACUGCAUAUGCCCGGUGAUAUCUUUAGAAGUCACACAGCACCUGGAGUUGCAGGGAGUCAUCAUUAUAGUUAUUGUACAGACCCGGUGAAGCGGCAGUGCCUUUCACUCGAUUCUAUUAACUCAGUUACACACAACGAUGGGCAGAUGUACGAAAUAGAAGCUCAUCCUCAGACCGCGGCUCUGCAUGACAACCAACCACAGGCUUAUCCAACGCAAGGAAGUGCCACAAGACACGCUAGUGUUCCAAAUUAUCAGAUGUCGACUGAUAUUCCACCCUUGGCUCGCAUUCCACACAAUUUGUGA